UUCAAUCCCAAUUUGAAAUUCGAGCAGCAGUAGCUGUCCACAAUCAUUGCCAUUGCCAGUCCGAUCGAUUUUCCUUCUUCCCUUUUCCAAUUUUUUCUCGAAUCGAAUUUAUUCGAUUGGACGACGACGAUGACGACAGCGUAUAAAAAAUAGUCAAUUUUUUGAUUGAUGCUUCCGCGUGGACAAAGCAAGUGUGGAGAGAGAAACGCGAGGGCCUCGCUCAAUUAAGGCGUUUCCCAAUCCCCAUUUCUGGGAAGGAACAAGGAAUCCUUCGUCACUUGCAAUUGCCGGCCAGGCUUCUGGUCUGCGCUUCACCGGCGUUGCUCUCAAGGCUGGUGUUUGUUGAUUGGCAUUUGAGGAGUGCCUGAUUGAUUUCACCAGCUUUCCUUUCCCUUCGAUUGUCGUCGAUAUUUAAGAGAACGAAGGGAAAGGAAGCUCUUGAAUUCCGACGCAGGCUGGAUUUGCCUACAAAUUUGUCGGAUUUUCGUGAAAUCGAAAAUGAGUGCUGUUUCCGGCGUGAUUUCGCGGCAGAUCUUGCCGGCAUGCGACAACCUCUGUUUCUUUUGCCCGUCGAUGCGGCCGAGGUCCCGACAGCCUGUCAAGAGGUACAAGAAGCUCAUAGCAGAUAUAUUCCCCAAGUCUCAGGAAGAAGAGCCAAAUGAUAGGAAGAUUGGAAAACUAUGUGAAUAUGCUGCAAAAAAUCCCUUGCGAAUUCCAAAGAUCACCACCUCCCUCGAGCAAAGAUGCUAUAAAGAACUAAGGAAUGAAAAUAUUCGGUGUGUUAAAGUUGUUAUGUGUAUUUACAGGAAAUUGUGCUCGUCUUGCAAGGACCAAAUGCCAUUGUUUGCCAACAGUGUGAUGACUAUCUUGGAAACUUUACUGGAUCAAACACAGGACGAAAUGUUAAUUAUCGGAUGCUUAUCACUCUUUGACUUUGUAAAUAAUCAGAAAGAUGCAACAUACAUGUUUAACCUGGAAGCAUUUAUUCCAAAACUCUGUCAAAUGGCUCAAGAAGUGGGAGAUGAUCAGAGACCAAAACAAAUAAGGGCAGCUGGGCUGCAGGGCAUAUCUGCUUUGAUUUGGUUUAUGGGUGAAAACUCUCACAUUCCUGUUGAAUUUGAUAAUAUAGUUUCAGUAGUCUUGGAAAAUUAUGGGGGUUUGAAGGAGGACCUUGGAUCCAACGAAAAAGUUCAAAAAACUCCACCAGAAAACAUGAUAAACGUUCCUCCAUGGAAAGAGAUUGUUAAUGAUAAAGGACAGCUCAAUGUGUCAGCACAAGAGUUGGAGAACCCGUGCUUCUGGUCCAGAGUUUGCCUUCAUAACAUGGCGAAGCUCGGGAAAGAAGCUACAACAAUGCGCCGUGUGUUGGAAUCACUCUUCCGAUACUUCGAUACUGAAAAUCUCUGGAAUGGGAUUGCCUUACCUGUUCUUAGAGAUAUGCAGCUUUUGAUGGAUGAUACAGGCCAGAAUGCACACUUUUUGCUGUCUACGUUAAUCAAGCAUCUUGAUCGUAAAAGUGUCGUUAAGCAACCUGACAUGCAACUUGACAUUGUUCAGGUUGUCACCGCUCUUGCUCGUCUGACAAAGACAGAGCCUUCAGUAGCCAUGGUCAGUGCUCUAAAUGAUGUUAUGCGGCACCUACGUAAGAGCAUUCAUCUUUCACUAGAUAGCUCAAACCUUGGAGACGACUUAGUUAAGGCUAAUAGGAAAUUCCAUGAUGCCGUCGAUGAAUGUCUUACUGAGCUGUCCUCUAAGGUUGGAGAUGCCGGCCUGAUCCUCGAUGUCAUGGCUUCUAUGUUAGAAAACAUUCCGAGCAUUGCUGUUGUGGCUAGAACAACGGUUUGCGCUGUCUAUCGCACUGCUCAGAUCAUAGCUUCUUUGCCGAGAUUGUCAUAUCGAAAAAAGGCUUUCCCGGAGGCCUUAUUUCAUCAAUUACUUCCGGCAAUGCUCCAUCCUGAUCACGAGACACGAAUUAUAGCCCAUCAAAUCUUCUCAGUUGUGCUUGUGCCAUCUUCAGUAUCCCCUUGUACAGAUUCGAAAAUUUCCAAUGAAAAGAAGAACUUGCCAAGAUCACUGUCACGAGCCGUUUCUGCAUUUUCUUCAUCAGCUGCUCUGUUCGAGAAGCUCAGAAAACAAAGGAAUAAUUCUUUAGAAAAUCUACACGAAUUGAGCAAUGACAACAAUACAAAUGGAGUGUUGAACAGAAUCAGAUCAUCUUACAGCCGAGUUCAUAGCUUCAGAAGCUCUCCACCAUCUGAUACUGAUUCGUCGAACAAGCCAAGUACAGAUGAGGAUAUCGUUCUUCGGAUGAGUAGCCACCAAAUAUCCCUCCUGCUGUCAUGUAUUUGGGCAGAAUCCCUUUCUCCAACAAACAUGCCGGAAAAUUAUGAAGCUAUAGCUCAUACGUAUUGCUUGGUUUUGCUGUUUUCUCGAGCCAAGAACUCCUACAUUGAUGCUCUUAUCCGAAGCUUCCAGCUCGCCUUUUCAUUGAGGAAUGUCUCUGUCGCCGGCGGAGGAACUAUACCACCAUCUCGCCGCAGGUCCCUCUUUGUAAUGUCGACUUCCAUGAUUAUCUUUUCGGCAAAAGCUUACAACAUUCUUCCUGUUAUCCCUCGAGCGAAAGCUACAGUCUCCAAGAAUGUGAUCGAUCCAUAUUUAAGUUUGGUGAAUGAUAUAAAGCUAAAAUCGACUGAAAACGGAUUGGGACAUAAUCGAAUCCCUUAUGGAUCUCAAGAAGACGACAAGUUGGCUCGAAGAUGUCUUUCAGAAAUACAAUUCAACGAGGAACAGAACACGGAAUCUCUUACUUCUGUUAUUAUAAAUAGUUUCGAAGACUUACCCCAACCUGAAGUGUCUAAGAUUCGGGAACAGUUACUUACGGAAUUUGUUCCUGAUGACUUAUCUUCAAUCAAUAUGAAUGAAGCACAUCAAAUUAGUUCUCAAGGGAAGAAAUCUGUGGAAAAUGUGCCGAUGCUAAUAAUAGACGACGACUGUGUUCAAGAUUUGAUCGACGGCGGCGAAUACUAUUCGCAGCCGAGCUUCGAAUGUCCCAAUCUUUUGAGCGUCGACCAACUUCUUCAAUCCGUUUUGGAGACGGCGCAUCACGUGCGCGCCGUGUCGGUGUGCAACGCUCCGGAUGCGACGUACAAAGAAACCGCUAGCCAUUGCGAGGCGCUCCUAAAGGGAAAGCAACAAAGAAUGUCGUAUUUGCAAGGGAAUCACGUCUCGACCUUCGACGGCGAACCAUUCGAGUCGCCCGACUACGACGCCUCGCCACAAAAGGCGGGAAAUCCAUUAUUCGACGACGACAACCGCAUGCUUGACAUUGCAACGAGACCCAUGAGCGCGACGCCGUGCGCUGUCCAAAUCCAGCAGCAACACGACUUGUUCAGGCUGCCUGCGUCUAGUCCUUACGACAACUUCUUGAAAGCAGCCGGGUGUUGAUCGAGGGAAUCGGGUACGACGGCAGCGACGAUUGAUUUUUCGGGGAUUUGAUGGGUAAGUGUUGAAAUAAUAUGAAUCCAUUCUAUUGAUUUGUAUUGUGUUGUGUUGUGUUGUGUUGUAUCAUUCAUUUAUUUGUGUUGAAACUACGUUGGUUGAUCUAUGUGAUCUGUUCUUGUUGUUGGCUGAAAGAGACGAAGGAUGUCAAUGGGAGUCUGGAUUUUGUUGCACUGAGGGAUUUGUUUGUACUAACGUAUUUUUGGAGUGAUGGGUGUAACGUAUUUUUCAUAAUAAUAACAAACUAUUCAUUUA